AUGGCGUCUGCCGCGUCUUCUGGCGGGGUUCAGCACACUGUUUUGGAGAAGAAGCUCCAGCAGGCGCUUAGUCCUGCGGUGCUGAAGCUUGAGGACAAGAGCUGCGGGUGCGGAGCUGCGUACGACUGCGUGGUGGUCAGUAGCGCUUUUGACGGCAAGAGACUGCUCGAGCGCCAUAGAAUGGUUAACGAAGCUCUGAAGGAAGAACUCCCCAGCAUUCACGCGUUUUCUAUGCAGUGCCAUACGCCGCAAGAAUGGGAAAAGAAGCAAGCGAACUGA